GGAGGAGGUUCUUUGAGGAGUUGGAUAGAGACGGUGAUGGCCAAGUAACUCUGGAAGAUCUAGAAGUUGAAAUGAGGAAACGAAAGCUGCCACGAAGAUAUGCUAAAGAAUUUAUGAGCCUUGCCAGAAGUCACUUAUUUUCCAGGUCUUUUGGUAUGAAACAGUUUUUAUCAUUAAUGGAACAGAAGGAGCCAACAAUUCUUCGUGCAUAUACUUCUCUUUGUCUAAGCAAGUCAGGGACACUGAAGAAGAUGCGUCGUGAAAGUGUGAGAAUAUUGGACAUUUCAAUUUACCGCAUGACUUCCAAUCUAUGCGAGAUAUUCACCUUUCUUGGAAAAACCAUCACUCUCAAAGUUGACAACUCCGACACCAUUUACAAAGUUAAG